ACUUUGUUUAAUAUCAACAUUUAAAGCUGCUCAAUUUUAAAUUUUCCUAUGGUCUAGGACAAGUAUCUUAUUUAUGAAUUUGAUUAUACAGUAAAAAGUCCAUUGAACUGACAAGUUGAGUGAACCGUUUUCAGUUAAAAAUUUCCUCCCUGUUAAAUUUCCCGAACAAAUAAAAUCGAAUUUACUUCUUAGUUUAAAGUAGUUCAUCUAAAAGUGGUCAUUACAUUACGAUUGUACUUCGAACAGUUGGUUAUUAAUAACUGGUUAAUUAGAGAGUUCAUUCUUUCUUCGUUAAAAUGGCGCCUUCAAUUUUACUCCGUAAAUUUUUCUCUCACUCCAGAUCAAAUAGCGUUUCCUCUCCCACCCACAAUUUCGCCCCAGCAGCGAUGCCCCCUCAAAGUCCGCUACCCUCGUUUGACCCCAAUUUUGACCCCAAAAUCAGAGGUCAUCAGUCUCCAAGACUGAACUCACCUGAAAAUAUCCACCAAGUUCGUCAUCAUGGAAAUGUGAAAACAGCCUCGCUACCAUUCGAAGAUUUGUCUCAGAAAAGAAUUUGCACAGAUUUGGAUAAGUUGUCACCCGGUGGCGAUUAUAACUCAGUUUUUUCAGCUCAAUAUGCUUCUUCUACCUCGACGAAACCAGCCCCAAACUUCACCCAAAUCCCUCCGACCAAUCAGCGAUCAGCAAGUGCAAACACGCCCCUCACAGGCGCAGCGUCGAAGCGCAAAAAGUCCUUCUUGCCGAGUUUCAGGGAUAGGCUAAACACUGUAACUUCAGGUGAAAAAUCAUCAUCAACAAACAACAACAACAAUCACUCAAAUGUCAACAACAAUCAGAAAAACAGCUCAGGAAACCAACAAGAAUCAAAUUCAGCCUUGAAACAUAAUAGUGCUAACAGCUCGAAGCAUUUUGCAGAAAUUAAUCGCCAGCAGCCCAGAGAACCGAGAAUAGGUGAUAUUGUUUAUUUCGGCGAGUUGAAGGGAAUCAUUCGGUACAUUGGGACGACUCAUUUUGCGCCUCAAAAUGCAAUCUUUUGUGGCCUUGAACUUUAUACGGCUAGUGGGAAAAACGACGGAGCGGUUGAAGGCGUCAGAUAUUUUCAGUGCCCGUUUAAAUUUGGCCUUUUUGUGUCAGUUGACCGAAUUAGUUUUACACCGUGCAAAGAGCCAACUAGUCCUUCGAGAAAAAGCUCUCAAAAUAUUGCAAUACCUCAACAAACCAAUACGAAUGCAGUUGAUUUGAAAACCGAAGUUAAGCAAAAAACGAGCUCGUUACGUGAUCAUACGAGCUAUUUUGGAAGUUCGUACGUUAGAAAUGAUUACCCACAUAUCGAUUGUCAAAAUCAAAUUGAUAGUAAAAGUUUCAGUAAUGGAAACUUGGAUAAAAAUACGACUUCAAAUGCUCCAACGGCAAUUAAUUCACUGAAAGCGGCAAAUAGAAAUGCUCCGAAAACGCCGCCUUCUUCAAAUCGGAAACAUUUUUUACCAGUUCAUCCACAGUUUCUCAGAACCCAAAGUGUACCGAAAUUGCCGACUGGCGAUGUUAUUAAUGCAAAUAAUGUGCCUUCAACUAGUAAUGCGAUUUCGCCAAUGGCCAGAGAAGGACCGAAAAUUUUUGAGUCGAACCAAACCAGUCAAACUGGAGUGAAAAAUACUGGUGGAAGUUCUAAUGUUGAGCCAGCGAGUGGUAUGAGUAAAAUUGAAAGGUUCUUGAGACCAAGGAAUUCACGUGGGAAUGUAUCAAAAGUGGGAACAGCAACUGGUGAGGGUGGAGCAAUGGGGGGAUCUCAGAGGAACAGUUUGACAGAGGUGCAGAUGUUGCUCCCCAAGCAGAACAUGUCGGAUUUGACUCUGCUGAUUAGAGACAAACAAAUCCAAAAUGGAAUUCCAUCCACGCCGUUGGGUGAUGGCAGCCCAGGCAGUGCCCUCCGCCAAGCCCAGUACCUCUUCACUUGUCCCAGCCCCACCCCUGAUAUGAUACUCGGAGGUGGAAGGGAUGGAGGCGUGCAGUUGGAAGUGGCAACUGAGACAUAUGUGAUAGAGAGUGAAGACAUGUAUUAUGGUGGGGGUAAUAAUAGUCAGACUCUCACGCAGGUGGAACAUAGUCCAGUACAACAACAAUCAGAAGCAAACUUUGACCAAGAACCAAAUCUGUCUUCCAGCAACAUAUUCGUGAACCGAAUCUCCCCGGAGGAAAGUAAUUCUGACAAGAUGGAGAACUUCCUUGAAACAAUCCCUGAAGCCGAAAACUCAAUGGCAAACACCUUAGAUAGAUUGGGCGAUCGACAAUCGAUAAAUUCCGAAGAAAGUUGCUGCAUACCAUCAAGGAGAACAUCGCCUGACGGGAGUUGUGACAAUUCUUUAAACAACUCAAAUUACGCAAGCAGGAAUCAGAUUCUAGCUCAGCCUAUUGUUGUGAAAAGUCAGUUUAGUGAUAAUUUUAAACUAGGCGCGUUAGAUGAAGAUUUAAAAGGAUCGAAAGACACGCUUUCGGGUGAUGAAAAUAUCGAAGAUCGCUGCUCUGAAUUGAUAAAUUUGAAUCAGUUAAAGAACGUGGACAAAGUAAAGGUAAAAAACAACAGUGUGAAAACUUGUUUUGAAUCAAAAUACGAUCACGCGUGCAAUAAUUUCUACAGUCCAAGUCCAGAAUUGCCGAGGUCAUUGACAUCAAGUUGCAAUAACCUGUGCGACAACGAUGGAGACGUCAGCAAUUAUGAAAACGAAGAAGAGGAGUUGAAUUUCGAUGACAACUUGUUAGCUAAUCGUUCGGCUGUUUUUUCGUCUAAUCAGUCGGAACUUUCGGACGAGGAUGAAGAGGAUCCGUAUUGUUUGUUGAAAGAAGGAGCUAAACGAAUGGAACCGGAUACCAUUUCUGAUGAUUAUCUCAACUCAACAAGGUCGUCACCAUUCGGUGCCAACAGCGAGCAAAAGUAUUCAAGUUGGUCUUCGAGCCAAUUUGUGUCUGAAAAAGAAUACGAAAUAGUUCAAGACGAUAUUUAUUCGAGCAACGAACUCAUUUUGAAACAGCCAAGUUCAGAUGAAAACUUAGUUUGCUCACCAACAGAACAUGACCAAAAUAGUUUUCAAACGCAGUAUAUUGAUGUGCCUUCAUUAGAUUCGGUUACAAAAGUUCAACAACGUCAAAAUGCGGAAAAAGGGAAGGACUGCAAAUUUGUCAAAAAUUACACCAAGGAAAAGAAGCUCCUUAAUAACGAAAGUGCACGUAUGGGAAUGGCUAAUGCUCAAAUAGUGGUUUCUAAUAAGGAAAUAACGGUAAAAAAUACAGACAGUGGAAUUGAAAAAUUUAAUAAUGGUAGAAUCUCGGCUCAGGAAAAUAUCGAUGGUGGUUUUUGUAGUGAAAAACGCGGUACAAAUGUACAAGCCAAGCAGUCAAAUACAGUUACAAGCAAAGCAAAUAAUUCAAAUAGCAGUAGCUCAAGUAACUCAGCUCAAAACAGCGAACACAGUGGAGUUUCCUCUGCUUUAAAACCGCCAUCGUCUUAUAACAACGCAAAAAUUAUUAAAACUACUACUUCAGAUUUUCAAAAUAAAACUACAAAUAAUCAAGAAAAAUCUUCAUCUGCGAGCACAAAUUGCAUUUCUGCGUCUAACAUACCGGUUAAGAAUCAAGGAUCACCAUCGCAUCAAAAAUUUGGAUUUAUUCCGAAGGCCCAACUUGCAAAUAGAGAGUUACCACCUUUGCCUAAAUCAACGAAUUUUCAAAAUAAAUCGAAUGUAGAAUCGAAGUCGAAAAGAGGUCAAAUACUCCCCAAGGAAAAUAAAAGCGAACAAUUGAAUUGUCAAAAUAAAUCUGAAGAGACUGUUUUAAGCAAAGCAUUUGAACUGAACCAGAAAUCUGAGAGGAACGAUCAACAUUACGCUUACAUAGCUGAAAAUACAGAUAAACGAUAUAGUGAAUUAGAGUUGCCUUCGCCGAGCUUAAUUUUUGACCAAAGUAAUGAGAAUUCAAGCAAUGAACGCGAUUCUGGUCGAAAAUUAACGAGUAAUUAUCAUUUAUCGGAAGAUGAGAAACUCGGAAAAACUCAACUUGAAGAUAAAGUCGACGAAAAAGUCGAAUCACAAGACGAACUUCAAGAUACAGAUGAUGAAAUAUUGAGAAAUGACCCAGCAAUUGUGAGAAUACCCAAAAAGAAGUUCAGUUUACCCAGCUUGGGUUUAGAAGGCAAUAAACAAAGUGGUCUGAAGUCGCCGUUGUCGAUUGCUCCGGUUGAUUACAUCAGAUCCGUUUCAGCCAAUCAGGAAUCAACAAUCUCAGCAACCAAUCAGGAAACAUUAGCUUCAACUGCCAAUCAGAAUCAAGAGAUCCAGUUAGAUGAAGCAAUGGUAGUAAAUUCUGGAAUGUCAAAAUCAGGGCAGAAAACAUCUGGAGUCGGGGGAGUGAAAAGGUUAGGAGGUGGGGGUAACAGCGCGUUGCCGCCUCCGCUGCCGGCGAGACAUCCGAAGUUAGCCAAUCCGAAACCUAUUGCCGUUGCUUCUUCAAAGUCUGAUCAGAAGCAACAAGUUGUCACAAAAGUUACAUCGGCUGCCAACGAACUGGUCAAAUCAACAAAUGCAGACCUGAAAGCGAGCAAGAUUGCUCAGCCAAGAAAUCUCAACUCAACUGCAGCACAAUCUCAGGGUAUUCCCAAACCAGGUAGCAAAGCAGAAGGUGGGAAAAAGAAAUCAGUACAGGAAAACAAAAAUGGCGGCAAAGACACUUCCCAGCUCCCUACGAAAAUCCAAAGCGGCAAACCAAUUCCUAACAAGAAAGAAUCCCUCAAUGUUGACUCAUCAGAAGAAGUUGGCGUGAACAAACCAGAAAACCUCUCCAUACUUGACCUUGAAUCCAUUCAGAAGAGUCCCAGUUUGUCCUCCUUAUCGAGCAUCAAAAGCACAGAUCGGUCAGUGUCCAGCGCAGUUUCAGCAAACAGCAGGAAAGCGGCACCUCCAAAAUCAUCCAAGUCAAUCAUCCCAACCGCAACAGGUGGAAACGAAAACGACGUAAAGAAGUUAGCAGCUCCUAUAGCCUUAGCCGCCAGACCUCUUGCAGUUCCCGAUUCGCCUGUGAUGUCUAGAAAGAAAAAGGCUCCAAUUGGACAGUCGAAACUCGCUGGGACUCCGAACCAGAAGCAACAAGGUGUCCAGAGGAGAAAUAAGGAAGCACGUUCAAAAGAAGAGACAGAACUGCAGCAAAAAGAGACUGAAGUGUCUCGUCUGUCCCUUCAGCUGGAGGAGAAGUGUGAACAACUGAGAAGAUCCACAUUGGCACUGGAGACUUCCAACCAGGCUGUGGAUGUGUUCUCAGUCCUCAUCCAGCACAUGACUCAAUCGAUGGAUGCCUUCUCUGUGCCUGAACUGAAGAGAGAACUUGCCAAUCUACAUGCAGCCUUGGAACAAUCUACUGACUCAAUUGAUGCUGCGAACAAUGAGAUCAAACAACUGAAGGUGCAACAUGUGUCUAAAGUGGAUGAGAUUGUCACAGAACACAACAGGAAGAUCGAAACUGUGAAGAACCAACUGCAGCUGGAGUUUGAUGACCUAGCAGAAGAGUUGCGCAGCUCUCACGAAGAAGACAAGGACUUCCUCAUAACAGAACAGGAAUUGCAACUAUCCCAGCUGAAAGAAUCCCACCAAUCAGAGUUGGAGGAGAUAGUAGCCAAUCAGGAGGCAGUGAUUGAGCAGUUGGAACAGCAGCACAAGAGUGAAUUGAAUUUGUUGAAUGAUCAGUAUACGGAGGAUAUUACGAGUACACAGUUGAUAUCGUCACAGACUAUUCAGAAACUCAGGGAUCAGAUCAGUGAGCUUGAGGAGAGGAAUGGGGGGUUGAGUAGGAAAGUGCGGGAACUGGAGAGAUACAUUGAACUGAAGACAACAGGAAAAGGAGAGUCGUGGAAGAAGGGAUUCUUUGAGCCGGAGGCGGAUGGCCGGGAGCGGGCCAAGAGUGUUCCGGAUCAGCCGGUGAGUGCAGAGUGGAUGCCGGAGGAGUUGCAGUCUCUGCGGUGCGUGCUGGAGAUGAGAGACGAAGAGAUUCAUCGACUCCGAAGGGAGAUGAAUGAUGCCAAUGCACUGCGUGAAACCUUAAUGCAGAAGGAGGAAGAAUUGAGUAGCUGCAGACUACAUGUGGAGAGUCUCCAAGCAUCGCUGCAGAUGAAGAGCGACAUGGAAAAAGAAUUAAGAUUCAAAUGCAACGAACAAUCUCUCAAAUUAAUCGAAGGCAGAAAAGAACGCAAGAAACUGUCAACUGAAAACGAGAAACUGUCUUACCAAAUGAGGGACAUGGAGACUAUGGUCCACUCUUUCCUAGAAAGAGAAAAAGGUGAUGGCCAAGAUGACAGUUGUGGCUUUUCGGCUAGUUACACUUCUUCUUCAGAACACCACAAGACGUCUAGUUUGCCAUCAGAAGUAUCGACCAGCCGACCGUUGUCCUUAGCAGUAAAUAAAUUGAAUCAGACGUUUAAUGGCCCAAUUUCUACUCAUCGGGAAACAGAAAGAAGUCUUUCUUUUUCGCCUCAACUUGAAAGCUGCGAAAGCCGAUCGCCAAACGAAUCAUCACUGAACGUAACUGAAAUUAGCUCGGCUAAUUCCGAAUUCAAUUCUCUCGAUCGAUUAGGAGAGAAUAAAAGUUCCUCGAGCAGCUGUAGCGAAAAGGACUCGCAAUGCGGAGACAAAAGGAAACCUAGAAAACAGAAAUCAUUAGCUUUUACAGUUCCUUUCUAGCUGUGAAUAAAAACUUGAAAAAUGACUCAAAACUUUUUUUUAUUGUUGACAUUGUCCUGUUACACUAAUUUUUAAUCCUAUUUAACUGAAUUUCAAGUAGUUUUACGAAAGAUACCUGAUUAUAGAAGAAAAUCAGAACCUAACUUUUAACGUUAACUUCAGAUGGUUGGAAGCAUUGGUGCUAAUCUUGAAAUAGUCCAUAUUUUGAUUUUAAUUCAAAAUUUUCAUUGUCCGACUUGAUUUAUUAAAUCGAAUAAAUAUUCAGUUGAAUUCAAUUUUGCAGAUA